AUGUUUCAAUUAUUAUCAAGGAGAUGUUUACAUUAUAAAACAUAUCCUUCAAUUUUUGCACUAGAUACAAAACAAACAUUCCAACAAUCGGCGAAGAAUAAUAAAUUGUUUCACAACUUUAAACAAAAGCUUGAAAACGGCAAAAUACUUGUGACAUCUGAUGAAUCAAAGAUUGACAGUGAUAUUAACUCUUCGGAUACUUUACCUAGAACAUAUUCUGUAAUUGCAUUAGAGAAAGAAAAAAUCAACAAUUCGAAUUCAAUUGUACCGAAUUGGAGGAAGAGUCCGACAUUAUGGUUUAGAAUAAUAAAAUCACAAAUGAAAAUAUAUAGGGAGGCCAUAAAGAAUUCCUACAAAGUUCAUAAAAAAUAUAGAAAUCAGUCAAGCAUCCUAUAUUCCAAUCAACAGCUAUUGAAAGAUUUAGAGUUCAACCUACUCGAUGAACAUAUCACCAGAACAAACUUCGUUGAAAUGUAUAGAAAAAAUGAAUUUUGGAAACUGCCUAGAUUCCUAAUAAUGUUCUUUAUAUUUGAAGAAUUAUUCCUAGUAAUGGUUUAUUUAUGGCCAAAAUUGGGACUUCGAUCAGCUUUAUCCGUUGGCGCAUACAAGAAAAUCACUGAGAGUCAUGUAUUGCAAGAGAAUCUACAGAAUAAGUUGUGCGGAACAGUGGGUAUCGGUAAGAAUAUUUCUUCUAUUUCCUCUCCAUAUGAUCUCGAUAUAAAGACAUUGAAACAGUUACUAAACCAACUACCGACUAAUGAGAUUCCAGGUUGGAAAAUAUCGAUAUGGAAGACAUUCAACGUUAAAUCAAAACUUGCAAAUCUCGUGGCUGAUAAACAUGAAUAUUAUGUCGUUGAUGAUUGGUUACUUUUAAGAAAAAUAAUGAAUUCUGAAUCAGGGAUCACGACAUUUUCUAAACCAGAAUUGGUUAAUUUGAUUGCGGAGAGACAGCUUUAUAAGAAAAAUGAGGAUUUAAACGCUAUGGUUAACGAUGAUGUUGGUCAAAAAAUAUUAUUAUGGAGACUAGCCCUUUAUUGGAGCUUUAGAUUUGAUAAUGUAAAUAUUCUAUCACCCAAACAAAACUCAAAUUUCACAAAUAAAUGGGGCGUAAAUAAUGUUUCAAUCCUAAAUUUCCCUGGAACAUUAGCUGAAUUCGGUGAUAAAGUAGACAUAUUUGAUAAAUCCCAUUUGACUUAUUUGGUAGACGGUAAAUAA